UUUUUGAUUUUAAUACUAGAAAUUUGCUUUUACAGUGACUGGGGAAUCUCUAGAGAGAGAUAGAGAUAGAGAUAGAGAUGGAUAGAUGAGAAAUUCGAUUCUCUUCAUCUCCUUCGUUGACCAGUCUUUCUUCUUCUUCUUCUUCUUCUUCUUUUUGUCGUUGGAAGACGUGAAAAGAAAAUCCAUUUACUACUACUUUCUUCUGUGAAGAGAAGAAAGAAGGAGAUGUUGGCAUUGGGUGAAACUGGAGGAGGAGAAAUGGAGAAAGAAUUUGAAUCAAAGCUUCAUCUUCAAAACCCAGAUAAGAAAAACAAUAACUCAGUUAUGAAAUCAAAGAGUUUUGUGUUUAGAGCGCCUCAAGAACAGUUUAGUAUUCAAGAGUUUCAAUUAGGGAAGAUCUAUGGUGUUGGUUCUUAUUCAAAGGUUGUGAGGGCGAAAAAGAGGGAUACAGGAAUUGUAUAUGCGUUGAAGAUUAUGGACAAGAAGUUUAUUACGAAAGAAAAUAAAACAUCAUAUGUUAAGUUGGAAAGGAUUGUACUCGAUCAGUUGGAUCAUCCUGGGAUUAUUCGUCUAUUUUUCACAUUUCAAGACACUUGUUCUUUGUACAUGGCACUUGAAUCUUGUGAAGGCGGUGAACUUUUUGAUCAGAUAAUAAGGAAAGGUCGUCUAUCAGAGAAUGAAGCACGCUUCUAUGCAGCAGAAGUGAUUGAUGCCCUGGAAUACAUGCACGGUGUAGGAUUAAUUCAUCGAGAUAUUAAGCCAGAGAACUUGCUACUUACUGCAGACGGGCAUAUUAAAAUUGCUGAUUUUGGUAGUGUAAAGCCUAUGGAGGACAGCCAAAUAUCAGUCCUUCCAUCCGUACCAUCAAGUGAAAAGGCAUGCACCUUUGUCGGAACCGCUGCAUAUGUCCCUCCAGAAGUUCUUAAUUCAGCUCCUGCAACUUUUGGAAAUGACCUUUGGGCACUGGGAUGCACCUUGUAUCAGAUGCUAUCUGGAACUUCUCCCUUCAAAGAUGCAAGUGAAUGGCUUAUUUUUCAAAGAAUUAUUGCCAGAGACAUAAAAUUUCCAGAGUACUUUACUAAAGAAGCUAGAGACCUUAUUGACAAGUUAUUGGACACAGAUCCCAGCCAACGACCAGGUGCUGGACCUGAUGGCUAUGCUUCACUUAAGUCACAUCCCUUCUUUAAGGGUGUGGACUGGAAAAAUAUAAGACGGCAAUCUCCUCCCAAACUAGCUUUAGAAACCAAGGCAGUGGAGGCUGAUGAAGCUCAGGAUCCUGGGUGGAAUCUUUCUCACAUUGGGGAUGGUUCAUUUAGUUUCAACGAUGGAACUAGUGGUGCUGCUGCCACUUCAUCUUCUGAAGCAUCUGCUCACAUAACUAGACUUGCUUCCAUUGACUCGUUUGAUUCAAGAUGGCAACAAUUUUUGGACCCUGGGGAGUCGAUCGUUAUGAUCUCAAUGGUGAAAAAGGUACAGAAACUUGCCAACAAGAAGGUGCAACUCAUUCUUACCGACAAACCCAAAUUGAUUUGUGUGGACCCUGCGAAGAUGACCCUCAAGGGGAAUGUGUUAUGGUCCGAGGCUGAUAACCCCCAAGACCUUACCAUUCAAGUAACAAGUUCUUCAAAUUUUAAGAUUUGCACGCCAAAGAAGGUAAUGUCUUUCGAGGAUGCAAAACAAAGAGCUUGGCAGUGGAAAAAGGCAAUAGAGGCCUUCCAAAACCGGUGAUGAUUUUGUUUGCGGAUACACACAGUCACACACACUCUUUAGAUGUAGAGAUUUUAAAGGAUAGGAUGCUCCUGCAAAGAAAUUCUAUUUGAUGUAUGAUGUGGGGACAAUACAAGUGCAACCAAGUGAGAUUUUUCUCCAAUGAAUCGCUUAAGUUAAUUCUUUGUCUCUGUUUUUUAAUGGAGCUUUCAUUAAUUCUAUUUGAUGUAUGAUGUGAGAAACUUCAACCAGAAGAAUUAAGAAACUAGAGAAUAUGAAAGAAAGUUUGGUUUGUACAGUUGGACCUUUGUUUUUGGCUGGGAUUCCUGAAAGACCCAGAGGGUAAUUAAAUACACUGCUUGCUGUUGUU